AUGAAGCCCCCAAAUGUGUCCAGUGUCACUGAGUUCCAGUUGCUAGGAUUCCAGAACCUUCUUGAAUGGCAGACAUUACUCUUUGCCAUCUUCCUGUUCAUCUACUUUCUCACAGUCACAGGGAAUGUUGUCAUUAUUGCAGUGGUGAGCCAGGACCAGCGACUGCACUCACCCAUGUAUGUAUUUCUCACAAUUCUCUUUCUGGAGACCUGGUAUACAUCCACCAUUGUGCCCCUUCUCCUAGCCAACCUGUUCUCCCAUGGCCAAGCCAUCUCUUUCUCUGCCUGUAUGGCACAGCUUUACUUCUUCGUGUUCUUUGGGGCUACUGAGUGCUUUCUUCUGGCCAUGAUGGCCUAUGACCGAUAUCUGGCCAUCUGCAGCCCACUCCACUACUCUUUCCUGAUGAGUCCUGAGACCUGCACCAAGUUGGUGGCAAUCUCUUGGUUAACAGGUGUUGGCACAGGAUUUCUGCCCUCCCUAAUGAUCUCCAAGUUGGAUUUCUGUGGUCCUAACCAGAUCAAUCACUUCUUCUGUGACCUCCCUCCCCUCAUGCGGCUCUCAUGUUCCAGUGUGUAUAUCACCAGGAUGGUCAUCUUUAUCCUGUCUAUUGCAGUGCUGUGCAUUUGCUUUCUUCUUACCCUUGUGUCCUAUGUUUUCAUUAUAUCUACCAUAUUGAGAAUUCCUUCAGCCUCUGGCCAGAUGAAGACCUUUUCCACAUGUGGCUCCCAUUUGGCUGUUGUCACUAUCUACUAUGGGACCAUGAUCUCCAUGUAUGUUCACCCCAAUGACCACCUGUCACCUGAAAUCAACAAGAUCAUUUCUGUCUUCUACACUGUGGUCACCCCACUGCUGUACCCUGUUAUCUAUAGCUUGAGGAACCAAGAAUUCAAAGAGGCUGUUAGAAAAGUCAUGAGAAAAAAGUGUGGUAUCUAUGGAGUAAGAGUGAAGGGGAGUUUCUUUGUUAGGUAA